UCUUCAUUGGCUCUCCGUCCGCUCUGCGCUCAGCCUUUACGCCUGGACCAGCCUCCACUCUCUACAGUGCGUGCGCCAAACGUGUGAGAGUACAUCCACAGCACGCUGCCUGCCUGGGACCGGACUGUGCUCCUCCACGCUGUUCUGCUGAGAAAUAAAGAUGGAGAACAAGAACGAGAUCAAUGGGCACGCCAUGCCCAGCUCCAACUCUGCCGACCACAUCCUGGGGAAAAGCGCGCAGAAGAGCUGCAGGGAGAAGCUGAUGGAGUUUCUGAACAAGAACCUGCUGGUGAUCAUGACGGUGUCCGGGGUGCUGGUGGGUGUCGGGCUCGGCAUGAUGGUCCGCAACAUGAACCUGACCAAAGCGCAGAUGACCUAUUUCGCUUUCCCAGGAGAGAUGCUCCUCCGGAUGCUGAAGAUGAUCAUCCUUCCCCUGGUGGUUUGCAGCCUCGUAUCCGGUGCUGCCAGUCUGGAUACCCGCUCCCUUGGUAAACUGGGGGGCAUAGCGGUCGCCUACUUUCUUGUGACCACGUUGAUCGCCUCUAGUAUCGGGGUGGCCCUUGCCUUCAUCAUCAAACCCGGCGUGGGCGCGGGAGCCCUCAACACCAACAGCCUGGGACUGGAGAGCAUCAGCAGUGACAAGGAGACCACUGACUCAUUUUUGGAUCUAGCCAGGAAUUUAUUCCCAGCUAACUUGGUGGCUGCUGCUUUCCGUUCUUAUGUCACUGACUACAAGAUGGUUGCUGUAGGGAAUGACACCAACGGGACCACCCUCUAUCAAAAGGUUCCUUUUGGUAAAGAAACAGAUGGCAUGAACAUUCUGGGUCUGGUGUUAUUUGCCAUGGUGUUUGGCGUGGCGCUGAGGAAACUGGGAGAGGAAGGGGAGGAACUUAUUCGUUUCUUCAAUGCUUUCAAUGAGGCAACCAUGGUGCUGGUGUCCUGGAUUAUGUGGUACAUCCCUUUUGGCAUCAUGUUCCUGGUGGGCAGUAAGAUUGUGGAGAUGGAAGAUGUGGUUCUACUUGUUACUAGUCUGGGAAAAUACAUCUUUGCUUCAAUCCUGGGCCACAUUAUCCACGGAGGCAUUGUCCUGCCACUCAUCUACUUUGGUUUCACACGCAAGAACCCCUUCAGUUUCCUGUCGGGCCUCAUCACGCCCUUCACCACUGCGUUUGCCACCUGCUCCAGUUCAGCAACUCUUCCCUCUAUGAUAAAGUGUGUUGAGGAGAACAACGGUGUAGACAAACGAAUUGCACGCUUCAUCCUUCCCAUCGGGGCCACAGUUAACAUGGACGGGGCGGCCAUAUUUCAGUGCAUUGCCGCUGUCUUCAUAGCUCAGCUCAACAAUGCUGAGCUAAACGCUGGACAGAUCUUCACAAUCCUGGUGACGGCCACAGCCUCCAGUGUCGGAGCAGCAGGCAUCCCAGCAGGUGGCAUCAUCACAAUUGCCAUCAUCCUGGAGGCCAUUGGCUUGCCGACCAACGACCUAUCCCUCAUGCUGGCUGUUGACUGGAUUGUGGAUCGUACCACCACAGUGGUAAACGUAGAAGGCGAUGCUCUGGGGGCUGGAAUCCUCCACCACAUCAACCAGCAGGAGAUGAAGAAGCAGAUCGGACAACAGGAGGAGCUGGCGGAAGUGCGGGUGGAGGCGGUGGCCAAUGUCCAAGCGGAGGAGGAGACCUCGCCUCUUGUCACGCACCAAGCCAAAGCUGUAGCGGCCAUGCCGGAAGCCAUCGAGUCAGUCCUGUGACCUCAGGGAGACUUUUAUACUUGCCCACUGACCUUCCGACCCUUCUACACUUCUGACGUUGCUGCUGAUGGAACACCGAUCUGACUCAAUGUCCAUUAAGAAAAAUGAGGCCACUGAUGGUUUCUCUUGUGAAGAAAAACCAAGUGCCAUAGUUAUAGUAUGUCUAGAGCACUGACUCUACAGUGCACCUUGUGCUGCUGAUGUGCUUUUGAAAUUCAGUCACUUCAGGCCAAUGUCUCAAAAACUGGGUUUCCAUCCAAGCAUUUUAAUGCAGAUUAGGAUUCAUGAAUUUGACAAUUAUUCAUUUUGAAAAAAUUUCUGCAAUAUUUACAAUUAAUUUUUAAAAUCUUGAUUUAAACAUUGUGUGCUAAAUGGAUAGAAAUGUGUCAAACAUUCUCAUAAAUUCUAUUUGUCUCAUACGUGAGUUUCCUGGCCAGGAGAUGUGUUCAAACAUCAUGAAGUGCAUUUUUUUUUUUCAGACAGCAAAUAUAACGACCAACACUAACUAUAGACCUCUAACCUCUAACUUGCCAAAUGCUGACAAGUUUCAAAUGCCUGACAGUGUUCAGGAUGCCUGUGCAGUCACUUCAACUCAGCUGGUAGAAAUGUAUGCAUUUACAUUGUAUUUUUUCAGCUCAUUUGGUUUACAUUCUUCGGACAGCUGGAGGGAAAUAACAACUUUAUCUUUCAAGAUCCAAUCAUAAAGGGACAUGUUUGGUACCAGGUUUCCAAUUAUUGUUGCCAAAAUCCAGAGGGAUGUUAAAUAGUUGUGCCCAGACUUGUGUUUGCUGACCGUCAGCAGACACUGUCAAACAUUAACCUUUCAAAUUGACAAGUUAGAAAACUGGCCUAUUUUGGACAAGCCUCUGGCAACCUAUUUAACUAGUGACACAUUAGCCUGUUAUAGUAAAGCAUGUUCAACGCUGGACCAUUUGACCAUUGUGUUAACAUGCAAUCAUUGCCAUUAUGGUCUUGUGUGGGAAAACCCACUAAGUCUCCCAUCCUCCCACUGGUCCUAUUUAUCCCUGAAUAAGCAGAACUUUGUGUUAUUUACAUUACUGUGGUUCUCAGCGAACAGCAAACAGAAAAAGGUGCAUUAUGUUACCUUUCUUAGUUUCUGAGUUGAUAUCUGCAUUUUUCAGCCAUGUUCCUCUAAUUUCAUACAGGCAGCUGUCUAUAGUUGUGUUGGAAAUUUGCACCAUUAAUCUGAGGACAGACAGCAAUUUUCAGCUAACUCUCAAAAGUUGCAUGUAUGCGUCAGCCCUUUUUGAGUUAUACCCCAUAAUGCCGAACAUUUAUUCAUGUUGACAUUAUUCUCAUCUAUUUGUUACGACUACUUUAAAACUAAACUAAACCCAUUUAUUUAUUCAUAAAAGUAGCUAGAAGCUUUGCUACUAAACGCUUCUGAAGAAUACAUCACCAGGGAGAGUGAAAAGUAGUCCAUUUUGGGCUUUCUUUGCUAGCUAAUCAGCCAGAUAAAAAGCAAUGUUAACACGCAGCUACCAGUUAGCUACUAAUGAUGCUAUUAUAUCUUAGCUAACGUAUAUCAGACAUUUAGCUAACCUGAAGAUGCAGUUAGCUAGCUACUGUAGUGUAACAAACUAAACACAGAGUGAAAGACUUCUUUUAAGGUAUAACGAUCAGUUCACUGUCAAAAGCAGAACAGAAAUAAUCUUAUCUGUUCAGUCUUGUUGAGACAGCAAAGUAGCAGCUGUGUAAAUACAACUCACUAACAUUGCCCGACAGUCAACAUGGUCACCAGAGGAUUAGCUGCCUUGAAUGAAGGCUUCUUGAUGAACUGAUGAGAUACUGUUAAGACGUAAUUAUUAGCCGUAAUUACACUACAUCGAACAUUAGUUUGCAAGUACUGUAC